CCCCGCCCCUUUCCGGCGCGCCCCUUCGCGGCCGCGCCCGGCGACGUCAUCUGUCCCGCGCCGCCGCCCCGCCCAGCUCCCGGCCUUCGGUCCCGCUGAGCCGCACUGUUGACCGUCGCCCGCCGCCGCCGCCAAAAUGUCUACAGGUGCACCUGCAGGUCCCAGUGCUGCCUCGGGCAGCAGCCGAAGACUUCAGCAGACGCAAAAUCAAGUAGAUGAGGUGGUGGACAUCAUGAGAGUCAAUGUGGAUAAGGUGUUGGAAAGAGAUCAGAAGCUCUCGGAGUUAGACGAUCGUGCAGACGCACUGCAGGCAGGAGCGUCCCAGUUUGAAACAAGUGCUGCCAAGUUGAAGAGAAAAUAUUGGUGGAAGAAUUGCAAGAUGUGGGCGAUAGGCAUUGUCGUCGUCGUCAUCAUCAUCAUCAUCAUCAUCGUGUGGAAUGUUUCCCCGUGAAGAACCCGUGCAGCCCCGGCCUGCUGUUCAGGAAACCUCUUCAAGACGUUUGACUUAGAACCUGCUAUAUUCUCGAGCUCGCCUACUGUUCUGUCUAAACUGAUUGUUUUCUGUUCAUUACUGUAAAGUUUAAUUUCUAGGAAACGUGCCUUUGUAAUGUCAUAAGCACUCCAGACUUGACGUGCGGCCGCCCGGCCCACGCCUGGCCCGGCGCCUUCACAGAUUGCCGUGCGGCCGAUGAAGAGGAUCUCUUAAGUUCCCGAGGGUCGUCACCUCGAAGUAAUGUUGUCUGAUGAAUUGCCAUUAAUUCCAGUUACAGGAAUUUGUUCCAAGUUAGCUAUCCCUGUCAUAUGACAUCCUCAGAACCACAUUCUAAACCUUCAGGUGAUCAGAUUUCCAAUUUGUGCCUUCCAGAAAGAACACUACUGCCUAACGCAAAUCUGUAACGAUAACAGGUUGUGCCUUAUUUUGCUAUUUUUCAGAUUCCCUAUAAGAGAACUCUCUACUGUUUAUAAGCACUACUGACGCUUGCGCUGUAUUUAAAAUAAGAUGUGGAGGAAGAGUUAUUGCUCUUACAUUAGAUAUGAAGAUGUUUGCUUUCUUGUUACUGUUUUUGUAUCACUUGCUAAAAAUAUUAUUUUAAUCAGAAGUAAUAGCCUCUUUAAAACAUUUUUAUAGAACUGUGGCCAAGACCAAAGUUUCUAUUUUGCCAAAAAGUUGAAUGCCAGUACAGUGUCCUUAAGUUGGUUCCCGACAGAUAAAUUCAAAAAAGUGACAAAUGGAACUUAAGGUGCCCUUCAGAAUUAAAAUUAUAAUAUUGUGCGUGAACCCUCUACACCCUAGCAGGCCUUUCUUGCCUUUGGAGUGCGGUAGGCGGUGCGGCUCCCCCUCCGAUUCAGCAUUUCUCCCAGGGGUGGGAGAAGGUUUAAGCGGGACUCUGACCAUGUCAUCCGUAGAGACUGAGUUCUACCCAGCAGUUGGCAGAUGGUCAGCCGUGCACCCCACUAGGUCUCUGCUAAUUGUGUGAGUAACUGUUCUGCAGCCUUCAAGUGAGACCGUCUAUGAACUGGUCGUUAACUGGCCCAGGCCCUAUAGAUGAUAGCCUCCGGGAGUUUGUUUCCUAUUUUUAUCUGUAUUCCACUUCCUAAAUCUGUUUUCUAAAUUAUGCUUUCAGUUGGGCAUUGGUCAGGGGCGGAUGACUCUUCCCAGGGGAUAGCUAACCAGAGACACUUUCUUUCUUCAACGUCAUGGGCUGUCUGCACAAGUUGCUGCUUUGGAAGUAGCUUUGUCACCUGAGGGACUUGUGUGUGUGAGACUUGGACCAUCAGGGCGGUGGCCUAAGGAUGGGAGUUCAGGUAGGCAUGCAGACAGGUGGGGGGGCUGCUGAGGGAGAGCUGCGGAGGUGUUACCGCUCUGGCCCGUGGUUACUGGAGAGUUCUAAAAUUCUUGUUCACAUGCUAGCAUGUGACUUACAAAGCAACAACAGUUGAGGGGCACCAGGACACGGGCUCCCUUUAAUAUCUGUUCCCCUGGCCUCAUGGUGAAGACAUGCCCUGCAGGGCACCCAGCUGUGAGAAGGAAGCAGUGGUCAGUGUGGGGCGGGCCGUGAGCCCCCCAUCCCGGCCACUCGGGGGCGCUAGCCGGGUCUGACUCUGAAACCUUGGUGCUCCCUCCUUGCCUCGUGCCCAGUCCCACGUAACCGUCUGGCUCCUGCAUUAACCCAGGGGCACCUCGCUUGUAUCUGUGCAUUUAGCUGGGAGCUCACCCACUAUAAUGAACUGAAUAAACUGUUUAUAAACGUAA